AGUGGGAGCUGCUGGUGGGGCAGCACGGCUUUUUCUAUCUUGAUCUGAACUACUAACCAAGUCUUACAGAGAUCAAAAUUCAAUCCCGUUCUGAGAGAAAAAAGAGAAAUGACGUGAUUUGAAUAUGUGCCCAAAAUCCUUAAUGAAUAACUUAGGACGAGUAGGAGGCAAAUGCUGCCCCAGCUGUUUCCUGUUGAAAAUGUCUGUGUAAUGUAGAUAAAUGUGAGGGAUUUUCUCUCUAAAUCCGUCUCCUGUUCGCUAAAUCUCACUUCUCCAAAACGAGCCUGCGCAAUGGAACAAAGUCGGAAUAUUGAGAUGUGACAUUGCCCGCAUCUCAUCCUCUUUCUCCCCGUUUUUAAUGACUUCAAACAAGUUCAUUUUCGCCGGGCUUUGUCUUGCGGAGACCCGUGGGGAUGUCUAGCGCUCUUUCCUUUCAGUGGCAUUUAUGUGAUGUCUUUAAGAGUGCGAUGUGCUGUAUCUCCUGUAGCCACACCCUCUCACUACUGCUGUGCGUCCUCACCCUGACUCCGACGGCAACAGGGGCGGGCCCAGAGACCCUGUGCGGGGCGGAGCUGGUCGACACGCUGCAGUUUGUGUGCGGAGAGAGAGGCUUUUAUUUCAAUAAACCAACAGGCUAUGGCCCCAAUGCACGGCGGUCACGUGGCAUUGUGGACGAGUGCUGCUUCCAAAGCUGUGAGCUGCGGCGCCUUGAGAUGUACUGUGCACCUGCCAAGACAAGCAAGGCUGCUCGCUCUGUCCGUGCACAGCGCCACACAGAUAUGCCGAGAGUACCUAAGGUUAGUACCGCAGGGCACAAAGUGGACAAGGGCACAGAGCGAAGGACAGCACAGCAGCCAGACAAGACAAAAAGCAAGAAGAGACCUUUACCUGGACAUAGUCAUUCAUCCUUCAAGGAAGUUCAUCAGAAAAACUCAAGUCGAGGCCACACUGGGGGCAGAAAUUACCGAAUGUAAGGAAAAAAGGAAUGGACAAAUGCCCAGCAACUUGGGAAGAGAGAAGGGAGUGGCCUUACCUGGUACCCCUGUGGAAUGGUUCACUGUAAAACAAAACAAAAAGAAUGCUAACAAAGGUCUGAAAGCUCAUCAAAAUGAUUAAAACCGGAGAGUUAAGUGGUGUUUAAGGGUUUGUUGAGGGAUCUUGUGAUUAUUUUAUACACUGCACCAUUCCAUAUCGGAAAGAAUUCUUUGUUAAUGCAAUGUAAAAGACUAGUUUAGCUGCUGAGACACAAACAAUAGCUUAUUAUACCUCCAUGUGUGAGCUGCAGCAUCCCCUGGCUCCAGGAAAGGUGGGAACGGAUCUGGGCUUCAGCCAAUCAGUGAGCGACAGGCUAUGUUUGAGAAUGAUUGGUCCCUCCUGUCCCCUGAACUUUGUGGAGGUAAAUCCUUUCAGUCGGAGAGACUCAGAUUCCGAUUCAAAGUGCAAUUUGGCAUUAGUCAGUGGAAUAAGUGAAAUAGCAACAAUCAGGCAAAAUGUUUGUUGUGGCCAAAUCAGAUUUUUGUCAACAAUCCAGUAACCGGUGAUCCACAUUUGAGUCUAAUUGGAGGCCUGUAUUCAAGGUAAAGGGCAAGUCAUGAAAGGUUAGUCACAGCAAGUCAACAAGCGCUCUAAAAAGAGAUAUUUUCUCUGUUCUCUUAAACAGGAACUUACAAUAUGUUCCCAAAUCUGUCAACACUUAAAUUUGAAGCAAGAGGAGAAACUAAGAAUAGCCACGUAGAUGGGAAGUUAAAACGAUUGAUAAAUCUCGGCCUGUUAUAGUUUGGUCUUUUAGGGAGGCCGAGAACUUUGCUACUUCAGUUAUCGCUUGGACAGCAUUAUUUGUCAUCAUGGCGAGGGUUCAACAAAAAUCCACAGCAUCUGUUACAAAGUCCACUGGGGUAACAUGCAGAUUAGAUUAUUUGGUAAAUAUUGCAAACCAAAUGACAAGUCUUCCUGGAGAAAUAUGAGAUACGGCACACAUAUAACAGUCCAAAAACACACAGAAAAAUCACCCACAGUGUAAAUGAGAGUUGUAUAACUGUGAGUAAGGGUCAAACACACACACACACACACACACACACACUUUUUGUUCAAAGCCGGUUCUGAGAAGUCCUUGCAUGAGGACUGACAGUCACGGCUGUUUGUUCAAGCCUCCAUGCGGAUUUACAGUAAUUAUAUUGGGUUAGAGACAACCCAAGACAUCUCAUCUCUGACUCCUCUGCCUGUGUAUAAUCAAACAGUACUCCCAUUUAUGUUAACCUAUGCAUACCUAUCAUUCAUUGUACAUGAUGGUUUCAUAUAACAAAACUGUAUUAAGAAUCCUAUCCACUGUAUAAUGGUGCUAUUUUGUAGUUUGUUACUUGCAAGAGAUGGCUGAUACAGACAGAUGGCAGGGCUUACAUUGGAGGUCUUCCCUUUUGCACAGCCUUGUGGCCACCAUUUUAAUAGUGUUUUUAUUUGUAAGCUGUUUAAUAAGGUAGUAGUGUAAGCGAGUAAAUGUAUCUGUGAAAUCUGUGAAUGCAUGGAGAUAAAAAAAGAAGAAAAUAUCAUGUUGUGGUCCCAAGAAGGCAAAAUGCUAUUUUUUCUACUGUUUUUGAAUUAUUUUCUCAAUAUAGAUCCCUUAUGCCAAAUAACUUGACAAAAGUACUGUGAACUGUGACUCUUCCAGUUGUAUUAAGAUUGUUAAAGGUCAUGGUGUGCUUUUGUCUGUCCUGAGAUGUGUGUUUUUACAUGCACCUCACUGGAAGCCAAGGUAUUGAUCAGUAAAAACACUAAACGCGAGACUACAUAACCUUUGCUGAACAGCGGCCACUGUGGCUACAAGUGGUAAUUACAGGAUAAUGGCAUUAAACAUUUGCCUUCAUUUCCCAAGAUUUUCUUGAGUCAGACAUUAUUUUUUCAUCUGUGACACACUUAAAUGGAGUGUAACAGGAACACAAGUAGACAACAACAACAAUAUCAGCAAAUGUCCUCAUUACUGUCACACAGUGUCUAGCUUAAAGGAAUAGUUCAACGUUUUGGGAAAUUCACUUUCUUGCUGAGAAGAUCCAAACCACUUUCGUAUCUUUCACGUGAAAGUACAAUACAAGGCUUCAGCCAGCAGCCAGCCAGCUAAUCUUUACACAAAAAGAAACAGGAGGAAUCACCUUGCUUGCCUUUGUGCAAAGUCAACAAAAGCCGCCUACCGGCACCCAAAAUAACACAAGAAGGGACCCUACAAUGGGUAUUUUUUUUUUUUUUUUACAGAUUAAACAAACAAGAUUUGUGUGCUGAAAUGAGCCAAGUAAGCAGUUUCAUCAUUUCCAGUAGUCAUGACAGGCUAAGCCAACUGGCUUCUGGCUGUAGCUUGAUAUUUCGCCUACAGACAUGAGUGUUAUCAAUAUUCUCAUCUAACUCUGGGCAACAAUGCAAAUAAGAUUAUUUCCCUAAAUGUAAAACUAUUGCUUUUGGUUUGCAAACGUUGCCAGCAAAUAUUAGCCUGCAUAAGCUACUGGUCAUACCAGACCAAUAAAGGCUAUAGUGGCAAAAUUGCAAUGCCACUAUACCGAAUUGAGCAACGGUGCAUUUAGUUGCUUAUGAAUUAAUUUGUUAGAGGAAGAAUUGUUAUUCCCUCAGAACGUUACAAAGUCUCACUUUAGAAAUAAGCCAGGAGGUUCCAAAACGUUUGUUAGAAGACUUAUUUUCACUGAUUAAAUAAAAAAAAAAAGUAUCUGUAUGAUAAUAAUGAUCAACAUAUGCAGCCAUCUUUGGUGUCUAUUUCUUACAAAUUAUAUUACCAGUCGGCCUGGCGGCUGAAAUGAAAAAUAAGCUGGUUGUGGAACAACUUGGGUUCCUCCAGAUUUUCAGAUAUACUGUACAAACCAAAGACAUCAAUUCAGACACUGCAUCUGGUACCUGAAAAAACGCUUAUAUUGUUAUGCAUAGUGAAGUGAGACAGACAAAAGUCUCUUUCUGUGUAUCAGUUUUUUUUUUUACGAAAGCUGCAGCAACCAACUUUCAAUCAUGUUGACUAUAAAUCAUUCAAACACUCUGUCACUUGUGUGAAAUAUAAAUUAAUAAAGUCUAAAAUGUGGGAGUGAGAGAUUCACCACUCUGUGAGGUGUUUAAUGAGAAAGAUGUCAUUUCCUGAGAAGUCCAAGAAACUGUUUGAUUACAGCGCUGUUAUUCAUGGUGCUCGAUUGCCUUCUGUAGAAAAAAAUACUGACAAAUUGUUCACCAUUCCUGCUGAAUAAACCACUUGUCAACGUCA